AAAUCACAUUCUCAAAUACACAUUUUAAGAAAGAAAAAAAAAAAUUGAAAGUUGAGAAAAGUUCCUAGAGUUUGAAGACAUGAAGUUCACGGCGCUUGUGUUCAUUGUGUUCGUGGUGGGUGUCAUGGUUUCUCCAGUUUCAAUCAGAGCAACUGAGGUCAAACUUUCUGGAGGAGAAGCUGAUGUAACGUGUGAUGCAGUACAGCUUAGUUCAUGCGCAACACCAAUGCUCACAGGAGUACCACCGUCUACAGAGUGUUGCGGGAAACUGAAGGAGCAACAGCCGUGUUUUUGUACAUAUAUUAAAGAUCCAAGAUAUAGUCAAUAUGUUGGUUCUGCAAAUGCUAAGAAAACGUUAGCAACUUGUGGUGUUCCUUAUCCUACUUGUUGAUUUUUGAGAUAUUGCUAAAAAAAGUUGUUAAUGAUAAUAAUAUUUAACAAACA